AUGGCGCGCGUCGCCCUGUUCGCCGCUGCGGUGGCCGCCCUCGUGGCGCUCGCCGCCGCGCAGAGCUGCCCCAGCGCUGACUUCACCGGUUGCUACACCUCCACGGGCACUUUCUUCUGCUGCCCUACCCCCGCUACUUCUUGCUCUGGCCUGUCCACCCCCGACUGUGUCGCCACUGGUACCUCCAAUGUGGUCGCCGGAGCUGGCGUCGUCCCAGGUGCCCCCACCCCUAUGCCCACCGCUACGGACACGCCCGCCCCCACCGCUGGGACACCCGCCCCCACUGCUGGGCCCAUCACUGAUGCUGACAUCCUCAACUUUGCUCUGAACCUGGAGUAUUUGGAGGGCGAGUUCUACUCGUGGGCUGCUUUCGGCAAGGGUCUGGAGAGCAGCCUCACCGGUGGAGGAGGCCCCGUCAUUGGUGGACAAAAGGCGUCCCUCUCUGCCGACGCCCAGGCAUAUGCCGAGCAGAUUGCCAUUGACGAGAUCAACCACGUCAAGUUCCUCAGGACCGCUCUGGGUGACGCCGCUGUCCCUGAGCCCGCGAUCGACAUCGGCCCUGCCUUCGCCGUCGCUGCUAACGCUGCCGCCAAUGCCACCCUGGACCCCCCCUUCAGCCCCUACACCGAUGACGUCACCUUCCUGCUCGGCGCCUUCAUCUUCGAGGACGUCGGUGUGACUGCCUAUGGCGGUGCCGUCCCUCUGUUCAGCGACAAGAACGUCGCUGGGGUCGCCGCCCGCAUCCUCGGCGUGGAGGCCUACCACGCGGGUGCCGUCCGUGCCGAGCUCGCCGAGUUCGUCAGCGUCGUCACCGGCUACGGAGUGACGGUUGGCGACAUCGGCAACCUGAUCGUCGCCCUGCGCGCCGCCCUCGGCGGUGGCAAGGAGACUCCCCUGGUCGCCGACGGCUUCACGCAGCUGCGCGCCGUGACGGAGGGCGACUCCCUGACGUACGUCCGCACGACGUCCGAGGUCAUCUCGAUCGUGUGCGCGGGCGGGAACAAGGGUCUCUUCUUCCCCAACGGCCUCAACGGCAAGAUCAACAUGAUGUAGAGCCCAGGUUGCGCAUUGCAGCGAAUGCCAAGUCUCGACUAGAAUGCAGUUUAGCUGGCUCGGUCCGCUGUAAGUUAUCUGCCAUUGUUAACACUUGUGAUCGCAAUUUUGGUAUAAUAAGACGGUGGGCGGCUUGCCCACUGGAGGCCAUGUCAAAGGAAGAGCUUGAAAUGAGAAAUCUGAGGAGCGGAUCUGUUUGUCAAGGCAGAUGAUAUCGAGGUCGGCUUGCCAAAGGAACGAUUGGAUGAUAGGGUCGUAUUAGUGUCUGGGCAAUCGUGGACAGUUGCUUCGCAACCAUGCUUUAUCGUGAAUAAUUACUGCAAGCCA